AUUAGUGGAAUGCCAAAUUUUAGAAAGGUAACAAUGUUACCUACUAAUGCUUCAACAAAUCGAACAGAGAUUUUGGAGUAAUGGGUGGGACACAGCAAACAUCAUCAGGUAACACACAUACAACAUAGAAACACAGAUAAAAGCAAGAAACCAUAGCAAAGUGAAUAAAAAAAUACAAGAGAAAACAUAUUUAUUGCCAAAUGCUGAAAUAUUUAUUAGGCAAAGGAAAAGUGCAACUGUCUUACACCUCAGCAGGUGGCAGCACCUAACUGACCUUGUUGAUUUUGAAUGCUAAGAAAGGCCAGCUUAGGUUAAUAUUUGGAGGGGCCUAGCUGGGGAUUCUUAACAUUGUGAAUGAAGAUGGAAUUUGUAGAAACAUCCAAGAAGACAGGGGCAAACCAUUUUUAUAACUCUGCCUAGAAAACAAUAUGGAUGUAGUAAGAAGAGUGGAGCCAGGCAUGAAAGAAAAAAAUACUAUUUUAAAACUACCUUAGUGCAAAUUUGUACUAAAUAGUAGAUAUCUAGAUUAUUUAGAUUUUGUGGCCAGGGGCUUUUUUUUUUUUUUUUUUUGCUGAAAGCUACAGCAAUAUCCAACAAUUCAACUGAAAGUUUUCUGGGGAAUAGGAAAACAAUAGAGCUUGGGGCUACACACUUGGGGCCCACCCUUGGACUAAACAGAAAAGGCUUCUGUCUAAAUCAUUUGUCGCAAAUUAUUUCUAAACCUUUUUAUUUGUGUUGGGCACUGCCUGAAGCAUACUGAAAAAAGACUAGCACAUGCUUUAAAUCUUUCAAUUAGGAAAAAAACAUUAUUCACACUUGAUUAGCGCAGGAAGGAAGGAAUUUGUUCUUCUCUUUAGCUGUGAUUAUCAAAAAGGAAAUAGGGAUAGAUUAUGUUGAACUAACAUUAAAAUCCUUCGGGUAGAAGGCCCAAUAUAUUCAACACUCAACAGCCUUCUGAAAAAUAGUGCUAUCUGCUAAGGCUUGAACAGGGCUCUCAGCAUGUUAAUAUUUCACGCACAAUGCAUCACAGUUCUAAAAUUACCAUGAUUGGCGAUGACACUUUGGAACUAACUGAACACAGCAGGGAGAACUGGUGUCAUUCUAAGAUGGGCUUCAAAAAAACAUGAAAAGCAUUGCCAGGGAAAGACUGGCAUGGUCUACUCUUAGGAAGUCUUCAGAAGGCAGUGUUGAAUAAUGAGAACUGUGAAGAGUCUAUUAAAAAAAAAAAAAGCAUCAGGAUUUCCCUCCUGCAGUGCUCUCUCAGGCUGGUAUGUCUUGUGCUUUGUCUCUUCAAGAAAUACUCUUGUUGCAGGUGGCUGGCAGAAAACAAGGAACACUGCCCAUGAAUUGAGGUUUGCAUUAGUGAUUGGAUAAAAAUAGUGGUGUUGCUCACCUUGAUCUAAUAGCAGGGCUACAGCCAUUGGUUAUGGCUGUUUGUACUCCCCCAGAUGGAACUCUCCCAGGUGUGUCUUCUGAAACCACACACAGAGGGCGAGGGCUUUCUUUCUGCUCUCCUUUCCAGCAACCUGGGAGGUAUUUCAGAGGAACCUGUAUAUUAAACAGGCCUGGUAUCUCCUAAAUAGGUGGACAGAUAACACUCACUGCGCCACCUACCCACCUCUUUGUCCUAGAAUGCCAGAUUUCAAUCCCCAUUUGGCUCAACAAUAUUGUUCCCCCGCGGGGAGGGGGAGUUUCCAGAUGACUUGCUUUUGAAUAGCGGGCAAGGAUGAAAAGCCUGUGCCAGUCGCAGAUCCGGCCGGUCUCUUUCUUCCCUCCUUUUUAGCUUCUCUCUCGCCUUCCUUCCCCUCUCCUCCAGAACUGGGGUCUCCUCUAGAAGUAGCAAGCUAUUUGUUCGUUAGCGAAGACGAAAAAAUAAAGCAGCAGCAGCAGGAAAAGACAGCAAGGAAGCGCCGCCGAAACCGAGGGGCGGAAGGCGGACUGUAGCGAGAGACAGGGGCGGACCAGAGGGGAUGGCACGCAAGCGCGAAAGAAGCUCGGUGAGCCCCACGCGGGCGCUCGCGGAGCCUUGGCUGUGGUUCUUUCAGUUCAGCUGUGAAGGGGCCUCGGGGCAGUAGGGAGUCAGCGACGGAGUGAGCCGCCCGCUAUUUGGAGAGCGGAGCAAGGCAAGCAAAUUCCGGACAAGGGUUGGUUCGAAAGGUGGAGCGGCAGCCGCUCUCGCCCUGCCCGCCCGGCCAGCCAUGGGGUAAAACAGCCACAGAGCGGACGCCGAAACAAUAAAGCGGCUGGUGCUACCGGGCUCCUCCCGCUGCUGACAGCGCCUGGCCGAGUGCGGGGAAAGGAGCGAAGAUGCCGGGGGCCGGCAGGCGUUGACCGACCGGCCUGCUAAGCAGGAGAAGGAAGCCAAAGUGAAGCCAGGCGGUUGGGAAAGCGCGCGGUGGAUGCGUUUCGGGGGUUUGGAGCGGCGGCGGCGGCAGCAAAGGAAGAGGCGGAGGUCGGCGGGAGCGGAGAAAUGAUCGCGGAGUUGGUGAGCAGCGCCCUGGGGCUCGUCCUGUACCUCAAUACCCUGGGCGCGGAUUUCUGCUACGACGACAGCCGAGCAAUCAAGACAAACCAAGAUCUCCUUCCUGAAACACCAUGGACGCAGUUAUUCUAUAAUGACUUUUGGGGCACUCUUCUGACCCACAGCGGAAGCCAUAAAUCCUACAGACCUCUCUGCACGCUCUCUUUUCGCAUUAACUAUGCUAUUGGAGGAAUGGAUCCUUGGAGUUACCAUUUUGUAAAUGUCCUUCUACAUGCAGCAGUCACGGGUCUUUUCACUAAUUUUUCUCGAGUGCUAUUUGGUGAUGGACACUGGACCUUAUUAGCUGGUUUGCUGUUUGCUUCUCAUCCCAUUCACACUGAAGCAGUGGCAGGAAUUGUAGGAAGAGCUGAUAUUGGAGCUUGCCUUUUCUUUCUGCUCUCCCUAGUCUGUUAUAUUAAACACUGCUGUACAAGAAACUACUCGGAAGGAACCUGGGGCUGGAUCUUGGGUGCCGGUCUGUGUGCCACUUGCAGCAUGUUAUGGAAGGAACAAGGAGUGACCGUGCUGGCUGUGUCAGCAGUUUAUGAUGUGUUUGUAUUUCAUAGGCUAAAAAUGCACCAAAUUGCUCCUGCUAUAUAUAAGAGGAAGAAUUUGCCUCUUCUUUUGAGCAUUGGUUUAUUGAUCUUCUGGGGAGCUUUAUUGCUGGGUCUUCGCUUCUACUGGAUGGGGAACAAACCUCCCAGCUUUUCCAACUCUGACAACCCAGCAGCUGACUCAGAUAAUUUUUUAACAAGAGUUCUGACCUUUUUUUAUUUGCCAACCAAAAACCUUUGGCUGCUGUUGUGCCCAGACACUCUUAGCUUUGAUUGGUCCAUGGAUGCUGUGCCUCUUCUCAAAACAAUCAAUGACUGGAGGAACCUACACACAGUGGCCUUUUAUGCUGGAUUCCUCCUCCUUACUUAUACCAGUUUGAAAAAUUCCAGCAUAGGACGAGAAGGCAAUGGGAAAAGUAUAGCAAAUGGCAGACUUAAUGGCAAUGGUCACAACUACCUAUCUGAACUGGAAGAUAAAGAAUAUAAAGAGUUGACAUCCAGUUUUGCAUCUAAAGAAGAAAAUGGCAUUAACAAAGGCUUACCACAAAAACCACAUAUUCCCUCAACAGAGAAUAUUGUGGUUUUGUCACUGUCUUUAUUAAUUGUUCCUUUUAUUCCUGCCACAAACUUGUUUUUUUAUGUAGGCUUUGUGAUAGCAGAGCGUGUGUUGUAUAUACCUAGUAUGGGCUUCUGCCUCUUGAUCACUGUGGGCACAAGAGCCCUUUAUGUCAAAGUCCAAAAACGCUUUCUGAAGAACUUGAUUUUUUUGGCUACUGCUACAUUAAUUUUUUUUUACGGACUGAAGACAUUUGUCAGGAAUGGGGAUUGGCAGAAUGAAGAGAUGCUGUAUAAAUCAGGGAUUAAAGUAAAUCCAGCAAAAGCAUGGGGUAACCUUGGAAAUGUUUUGAAGAGCCAGAGUAAGAUUUCUGAAGCUGAAAGCGCCUAUAGAAAUGCCUUGUAUUAUCGCAGCAACAUGGCUGAUAUGCUUUAUAAUUUGGGAUUAUUAUUGCAGGAGAACAACAGGUUUUCAGAAGCACUGCAUUAUUAUAAAUUGGCUAUUGGAAGCAGACCUACUUUAGCCUCUGCUUAUUUAAAUACUGGUAUCAUCUUAAUGAAUCAAGGCAAGGCUGAGGAAGCCAAGAAGACAUUUUUGAAGUGUUCAGAGAUUCCUGAUGAAAACUUAAAAGAUCCUCAUGCUCAUAAGAGUUCUGUUACCAGUUGCCUUUAUAACUUGGGGAAACUUUACCAUGAACAGGGACAGUAUGAGGAUGCCCUUUUAGUUUACAAAGAGGCAAUACAGAAAAUGCCAAGACAGUUUGCACCACAGAGUUUGUAUAAUAUGAUAGGAGAAGCCUACAUGAGACUUAGCAGAUUCUCUGAAGCAGAAUAUUGGUAUGUGGAAUCACUGCACUCUAAAACUGAUCACAUUCCAGCUCAUCUCACAUAUGGGAAACUUCUUGCUUUAACGGGUCGCAAGAGAGAGGCAGAAAAAUAUUUCUUAAAAGCAAUUCAGUUGGAUCCUAUGAAAGGAAACUGUUAUAUGCAUUAUGGCCAGUUUCUGUUAGAAGAAUCUCGGUUGAUGGAAGCAGCAGAGAUGGCCAAGAAAGCAGCUGAGUUGGAUAAUACAGAGUUUGAUGUUGUGUUCAAUGCGGCUCAUAUGCUUAGACAAGCUAGUCUCAAUGAAGCAGCUGAAAAAUAUUACAAAAUGGCAGCUGAGCUAAGACCUAAUUACCCAGCUGCCUUAAUGAAUUUGGGAGCUAUUCUUCAUCUUAAUGGGAAACUUUUGGAGGCUGAAUCAAACUAUCUUCAUGCCCUUCGGUUUAAACCGGACGAUGUCAUCACACAAUCAAAUCUUCGCAAACUCUGGAAUAUUAUGGAAAAACAAGGCUUAAGAACAACCAAAACAUAAUGCAGGGUUUUUUAAAAAUGUUGUUGUUGCUGUUUGCAAAGAGUUUAGAAAACAAUUAAAAUCCAGACUAACUUUUGGAGGACUGUUUGUUGAGUGCUCUUGCUAACUAAGCUGUAAUUGUCAAAGGUAAUUGCUGCUAGGAAAACCUACAGGGCUGCAUUUUGAGGUUUCUAAUUGAAAAUGAGAAAAGAGCAAAAUCUUUUUGAUAAGUUUCAUGAAGGACUUAAUAAUUAUUGCCCAAACCCAGAAAAUUAAAAAAGAAAACCUGAAACUGGAGCACCUGAAAGGGACCCACUUUAGCAUAUUCACUAGGGCAUAUUAGUCAUUCUCACUUUGGUCAUUUUUAUGUGGUUUCUGAUAGAAAAGUCAUGUUGGCCUAUAGAGCAUCCUUCCAGUCAAACUAAGAAUUUAGGAGAGGAUAAAGACUGGCUUAAAUUAUUAUCUUAGGCUAUAAUUCAUGAAAUGUAUACUAAAACUAAGUGUGUUUGCUAUUUGUCUUGAUAUUGUAUAAAUCCACAGACCUGCUUCUGAGCUACUUCACAUACUGUACUAGUUCAACUAUUUGAAAAAAAAAUUGAAAGAUGUGGUUUCAUGUCUAAUCUUCACUGGCAAAUGCAUAUUGUCAACCUGUUUGGUUGGCUGGCUGGCUGGCUGUGAAUUAUCCUCUGAAUGUGUAAGAAGCAAGCAACAAUGAAGGAGACUUGGAAUGUAGAAUUAACCAUAUAUAAUAGUACAAUAGUAAUGAAGAAUUAAGGCAAGCUCUUUGUCAUCUUCUUGUAAUCUAUUAUGCUCCAGAGCCUGAAUAAUCAAUUACUUUUAAAAGUACAGCAGGUUGCUGAACCCAUACUAUACAGUAAAUGCUUCUAUCUUUCCUUUGCCCUUGUAGAAAAUGGGAGUAAUCUGUGUUUUAAAACAGAACCUAUCCACUGGGUAGGAGAACUGAACCUUGCUCACAACUUCAACUUUGUUAUGCUUUGUUCCUUUAGCCAGCUUGCCUUACUUUCAAGAUCAAAUCAGAGUUAAGCUGGAGAGCCAUGUCCAUAGUAAUGAAAUAUAAAGUAUGGAUUUAGGUUUGUUCUUUUCAACAAUACAUAUUUUAUUAAAAAGAAAUCCAUUUGUAUACAAACAUUUUAAAUAUGAACUGAGUAGACAUAUGAAGAAGAAACAUGCAUUUUCUGCCUUUUAGUACAUUGAAAGCAAAGGAUAGAACAGUGUAGAUGAACAUGUUACUAAUAUUGUUUUUGAAAAUAUGCAAACACUUGUAGCAUGGUUGCAUCUGUACAUGCUGUAGAUUGCAUCCAUAGAUUGAUUACAUGAUGCAUCAAGCACACAUAAAGCAAACUACUAUCUCCAUUAAACUGAUACCCAGGUUGCCAGUUUAUGUAAAUAUAUUUUCCAAGUAAGUUGUCAUUGGAUUAACAACAAAUUUGUAGGCAUGCCUUUGGUGAAUUCAUUUUUUGAAUGUUAGCAGCAGGAUUUACCGUUUGUGAAAAAUAAACUAUUGUGCUAUUUGCAAGAAACUAAAAGAGUUUAAUAUUUAAAAAAAAAUAGUGAAUCCACAAAAUGUUAGACCAAAAGGAAUUAUGUGACUGAAAACAGUUUUUUGCAUUUAUUAUGUUUGCAUUUAUUUAACUUUAUUUAUAGAUGAAAAGAAAAAUGUGUGUAGAUUCUAACCCAAUUCUGCAUUCUUUUCUUAGGUUUAAUAUUUCAGCUUAUUUAGCCUAAUUUUUAUGAUUUGCAUAAGAGCAUUAUUUAAAAACUAGACCAUUUACCAAAUUCUUUUAUUAACUAAACAAAUUAUACUGUAAUUUCAAAAUGGCAUAUAUCCCCAACAGUCAUCUUUAAAUCAGUUAGACUGGCACCUAAGAGCUACUGUAGACAUAUCCAAGGCUGACUUAAUUUUUCAUCUAUGAAAUAUAUAUCCAAUUCUAAAUUCAUACUUAAAACCACUUCAAAUUAAAAUCGGAAGCAUGGAUGAUUGUUUCAGAAAUAGAGAGCUAGUUCUGUGAUCCUUUGCAUCCUGGCACUAUAUCAGGCAGUAUCCAUAGAUUGAAGAUUAGGUGUCUCUAAGAAUCCUCCCUAUAUUAAAAAAAAAUGUUUGUAUUGAAUAUCAUUCUAUUGUUAUUACUUUGGAAGUGAUGCAUUGUUGAAGGUUUUUAUUUGCCAACUGCAGCAAAUAGUCAUUAGCUAGGAUUUCACAAUGGUUGCCAGUCUUCUGGUUGCUUUUCAUGGUGUGCUUUUAAAUGUUUAAAGAAUGUAUUGGUAUUUAGAAGGAAACAGGAACACAUUUAUUCUGUGCAUUUUAGUCACCCCAGCUUUCUAUGUAGACUUAUUAAGGAACAAUGGGCUGUUUUCUCAGCAUAACUACAAUUUAUGUCAUCCUUGGUGAUACUCUGAGCUUGCUUAGUUUUCCAUUAGGAGUACCAUUAUUAGAAAAAUUUUAUUAUUAGGCACUAUCUUUUAAUUUCUGUUUUCUUACAUUAGCCAAUUUUAUGUUAGAGCUUUGUGCAGAUGAGUGACCUUUCAAUUUUUUCCUUUCAAGUGGAGUUCCAGAAACUGUUUUAUGGGAUAGAAAAAACUAAAAUGUUAACCAAUGAAAUUCAGUGUUCUUACUGUUAUGCAUUCAGAUAUGGAUAAAAUGCAAUGUUAGCUACUGUCUAUUUAAUGAACAAUGUACUGUUGCAUCAUUUUCUCAAAACUGUAAAACCAAAUGCUAUAUUAAUGAUGAAGAUUGAAUUUUUAGCAUCACCCUAUGCAUGUAUACUCAAGAGUAAAUCCAAUUAAAUUCAGUGGGUCGAACUCCAUGGAAUUGUGUAUAGGAUAGCAAUUUAACUGUAUUAAUACGACAUUCUGAAAUGUUAAACUUCAGCAUCGGAUGCAAGGUCAACUUCCUAGUUGUAACAUUUCACUUUUUAUUAUACUAUCUCCUUUUUUGUGUUCUUUAUUCAUAAUUACAUUUCUUAUACAAUAGAUUUCCAUGAAGUUGUACAGAAGUUUUGCUUGUCUCAAACCAGAGAAUAACAAAUUGUUAAAAUUUUGUUUUUCCAUUCAUUUUCAGUAUAGGGUUAGGCUUUAUAUCUCUCAGUUUUCAAAUAAGUUUAAAAUUAUUGUCUCUGCUCAGGGAUUUGUGGUGGAUAUUGCAGACAGUGCUUAAAAAUAAGAGCACAAAUUUACUAAAUUAAAUUUUUAUUUUUUGAGAAAGCAUAUUUGUAUAAAUUAUCAAGAUUUGUAGGGUUUCCUUUUUGUAGAAAUAAUUGUUUAUGUGCCAGAUAAGAAAAUCCACUUUGUUUUCAAUAAUAAAUGAUUGAUAACAAA